AUGGUGUUGGCCGACCUAGGGCGCAAGCUCAAUGCUGCUCUGUCAUCUCUCAACCGAGCACCAGUUGUCGAUGACAAGGUCCUCGAUGCAUUGCUGAAAGAAGUCUGCGCUGCCUUACUCGAAUCCGAUGUUAACGUCAAACUAGUGGCGACACUCCGACAAAAGGUGAAAGCGAAGGUGAAAGCGUCUCUGGAGGGUGGGGCGGAUAAAGGCAAGGAAGCAAAUAGGAAGAGCAUUGUUCAGAAAGCGAUAUUCGAUGAGCUCGUUCAGCUCGUCGACCCCGGUGUAGAGCCAUACAAGCCCAAGAAGGGUCAGCCCAAUGUCAUUAUGGCCGUGGGUUUGCAGGGUAACGGAAAGACUACUACUUGCACGAAGCUCGCGGUCUACUACCAGAAGCGUGGUUUUAAGUCAUGCAUAGUAUGCGCAGACACGUUCCGUGCUGGUGCUUUUGAUCAAACCCGACAGUCUGCGACCAAAGCGAAAGUAGCAUACUUUGGCUCGUACACUGAGACCGACCCUGUAAGUAUUGCCGCGCAAGGUGUGGCGAAGUUCAAGAAGGAGCGGUUCGAUGUUAUUAUCGUGGACACGUCUGGUCGUCAUAAGCAAGAAUCUGAACUGUUCGAGGAGAUGGUACAAAUCUCCGAGGCGGUCAAGCCUAACAUGACCAUCAUGAUUCUAGACGCCAGCAUCGGUCAGGCGGCUGAAGCGCAAAGUCGCGCGUUCAAAGAAAGUGCAGACUUCGGAGCGAUCAUCGUCACUAAGAUGGAUGGGCACGCAAAAGGUGGAGGUGCUAUCUCUGCCGUCGCUGCUACGAAGACGCCAAUUAUUUUCCUCGGUGUGGGCGAGCAUCUGCACGACUUGGACAAAUUCUCCCCACAACCAUUCAUCUCCAAGUUGCUUGGACUGGGAGACGUCCAAGGUCUUAUGGAACACAUGCAAGACAUAGCGACGCAAAAUCCAGACAAGCAGAAAGAAAUGGCGAAGAAGCUAGAAGAGGGUAAGCUGAGCAUCCGUGAUUGGAGGGAGCAGAUACAGAAUGUUAUGAACAUGGGACCUUUAUCUAAAAUCGCCUCCAUGAUUCCCGGACUGCCCCAAGACCUGCUGCAAGGAUCGGACGAGGAAGGGUCUUUGCGUAUGAAGCGUAUGAUCUAUAUUUCCGAUAGCAUGACCUCUUCCGAGCUUGACUCGGACGGGGCUCUCUUCAUGGAGCAUGGCAAAGACGGCAAGCCAGUUGGUCUGACUUGGCGGGUAACGCGCGUCGCGCGGGGCAGCGGGACGAGCGUGCGCGAGGUGGAGGAGCUUCUAUGUCAAUACAGGAUGAUGGCAAACAUGGCGAAGCAAGCCGGAGGCAAGAACGGAUGGCUGCAGGCGAUGCAGAAGAUGCAAGCGGCUGCAGGGGGGCGCGGACGGGGCGCGAAUGGCAUGCCGACACCGGCGCAAGUACAGGCUAUGCAGCGAGCAAUGCCGCCUGGCAUGCUGCAACAACUCCAACGCCAGAUGCGCAGCGGCGGUGGCAUGCAGGAGAUGAUGAAGGCCAUGAUGCAAGGGCAGGGUGGAGAUCAGAUGGACAUGGAGGAGAUGCAGCGGAUGAUGGCGCAAAUGGGCAACGGGCUGGGGGGCCUGGGCGGCGGUAUGCCCAACAUGAGCGACAUGUUUAAGAUGAUGGGUAUGGGAGGUAUGGGAGGUGGGCGUUGA